AUGGCCAUUCGUGUUCAAAAGGGUCCCAUAAAAGUCACUCUCCAAUCGGUCUUCGUACCUCACGAAGACUAUACAACCAGGCCAAUGGAUCAACCUUGGUUUGGUCCUCACUGCAAAGCAGCUGCAGACAACAAAGCCAGGGCUUGGGUCAGCUACAAACGUAGCCCCACGAGCCGAAACAAGCAGCUCCACACUGCUGCCUGCUCAAGGAUGACGAGGGCACAGAAGUGGGCCGUUGCACGCUGGAAGGACCUGUGGACCAAGCUGAUUGGUCAAUUGUUACCACAGACUCGGUCACGGUUUUUUAAUGUGUCAAUCUCGGUGCAAGAAGUGAGAAAAGAACUGAAGAGCCUGGAUGUGACGAAAGCUGUGGGGCCAGACAGAAUUAGCCCUCAUACUCUCGUCAAUUGUGCCGACCAGCUGGCCACACCACUUGCUGCACUGUUCCAAGCAUGUAUGGCACAGAAGAUAUGGCCAAAAAUCUGGAAAACUGCAAAUGUCGUUGCAAUCCACAAAAAGAUGAGCAAGACAUCUCCCACGAAUUAUAGACCCAUCUCCCUCUUGUCCAUCGUGGCGAAGGUCUAA